AUGGAAGCGAGGGAGAGAUAGCAGCUCAUGUUGAGCAAAAAGUGGACUCAAUACUAGAGUGUUUAGUACUGUGAUAAUAGAAAUCCUUUCUAAAGAUCAAGCACACAGCUCUCAAGUGAUUAAGGAGAAAAUAAUCAUGGGAUGCGUAGAAAUCCUACAGAUGUCUUAAAUUUAGAUUAAAUUAAGAAGGUCAAGACUCCAAUGCUUCAAAGAAUCGACUUUGAGAUCAUGAGGCGAGCAUUAAUGUCAAAUGACUUAGAAUCUGAUGAUUCUGACUCCUCUCCAGUUUUAGAGGGCUCAAAGACCCAAAAUAACAGAUAAAAGGCCAGAAAAUUCAAGAAAUCAAAUAGAUUCAAUUUGAUGAGAAAAAGAGCAGAGAUCAAUCAUUUACAACGACAGAAGGAUAGAUACAAGUACAUGUAAGCAGACGAAGAAACUCACAGAAAUGGGACAAGCAUAAUAGAUAUGACUCUAAAUUGUUAAUACUAUGCAAGCACUGGAAAGAAAAUGCCUCGAUCUUAAAGCACAGAUAAUAUCUUGGGAGAGUUACUUUUCGAUAUUCAAAAAGAAGAAUAAGAGUAGAAAAUUCUUGAUUUUGAAUUUAAUGAGCUACAGUAUGAUUCAGGCAAAGAGGAUAAUCUAUUUGAACUUGAAUAAUUUGGUGAUGCAAUAGAACUUAACCGAAUCAGCCCCUAGAAGUAAAAUUCUAAGUUCCAUUAGAAAUACAAUAUUAAAAAGAAUAAACUCAAGAACAGUCCAUUAUAGGAUUAUGCUCACAGGCAAUUAUGUGUAAGAGAUGAUAACGACAAUGAAAGCUUCUUUUCUCAGUCAAUGUUGUCUAAGAUUGAGGAGGAAAAUGGUGCAUUAGGCUUUCAAUCAAUUACAAAUAAAAAUAAUAAUGGAGACCUCGUAAGUGACUAUGAGAUUUAAAAAGAGAUAGACAAUUUACCUCUCUAAUAAGAUGGAUAAAGUUUUUGCGAUGAUGAGAUGAUCAACUUGAUUUUAGAAGAUCAAAUAAGCUCAAGAUAAAUAAUUUGUACUUCGGCCUAAAAAACCAGAAACAAUACUGACAUUCAGAAAGGAACAAAAGCUCUACAUCAAAAACGUCAAUCAUUGGGAUGCGAGUUAGAAUCGUCACUACCCAAAUCUUAAUCUGAUGUCGUUUAAAAUUUAAGUUCGAGGCAAUAACAAGAUAGAAAGCAGUAAAAAUCAUCUCACAAAUUAUAGCACCAAACUUCAGAGUUUCUCAAAGAUAAGAACUUCGAAAAUCAAGAGAAUAAUCAGCACAGAUAAAUAUAGUAGCAUAAGCUUUUCAGAGGAGCAAGUACACCCAUAGAGUAUGACGCAGGAUACUUCAUAACGAAGCAGCAAAUCAAAAUGGAUAAAAUCUUACCAAAUCAAGUCACAGCAUAGUGA